CAUAGAUAGACAUAAAUGAUUUAUUAUUGUGUUGCGUUGCGUUGGGUUCGGAUGAAUAGUGUUGUCUAGCUUUAGCAUAACAUAACCUAAAUUAAAUACACCGAAAUUUGAAAAUUUAAAAUCAUAUCAAAAUAUUCCUUUAAAAAUUAAUCUAUUGAAGUACCGGUAGUGCGUGGAAUUUGUGUUCUCAGGGUUUGCUUUGAAUGGCGUAUAUAAAAAGUAUUGAACAAGCUGAAUUAUAUUCCAAAUUCCGACCGAAGCCUCCUGAAGAAUUGAUUGAACAAAUCUUAUUGUUUCUUAAGGAAGGGGAAGAAUGCCCUUUACACCAAGCCUUGGAUGUAGGCUGUGGUUCAGGACAAAGUACAGAAGUCUUGUCUUCCUACUUCACAAAAGUUAUCGGCAUUGAUAACAGCAGGGAGCAAAUUGAACAAGCGCAGCUUAAGAAGAAAAGUGAAAACGUAAUUUACAGAGUAGGGUCGGCAGAGCAGCUCGGAGAAGGCGAUGGCAGCGUAGACCUAGUCACUGUAGGCAUGGCCGUACAUUGGUUCCAGCUGGACGAGUUCUGGGCCGAGGUGGGGCGAGUGUUGCGGCCGGGUGGUGUCUUGGCCAUUUACGGCUACAAUCUCCCUCGGCCCUCGGUGGGCGAAAUGUCUCUGGCAGAUAUUGUACAAGAUAUGAUUCAAGACACACUUGGAAAAUAUGUUCCGGAAGGAAGCAAACUAGCUUAUUUUGAAGGUUACAGAGGUUUUCAGUUCUCAAAAGUGCCAUUCUCUAGUCAGCCUCCUUUAAGACUUGAAUUCCCAUCUACCAUCAGAAACGCUUCAGUUGAAGAGUUGAUUGGGUACAUUUCUACCAUGUCUGGGUAUCAAAACUAUGUGAUGGAAAACGGCAAGGAGAAAGCCCUUGUUUUGCUGUCUGAUUUUAAACAUCGGAUUGCAGAACGUCUUGGAAAGCAGACUGAUCUGGACAAAGUUGACCUCAGUAUUACAUUCCCAUAUUUUUUGCUGUUGAACCGUAAAGAUAUUUAGUACUAUAUAAGCUUGCAUACAUUCACCAGCUUGGCAGCAAAUCAUUCUAGUCUACUGGAGUGCCAUGUUAUAUUUUAUAAUAUUUUAUAUUGAAUAUAUUUUAUGAGAAUAAUAAACUGAUAUUAUAUU